AUGUUCAGCAGCAGCAAGAUCUUCGCGAUGUGCAUCGCCGCCGUCGCCGUGUGCAGCGGGGUGCAGGCCGAGCAAGAGGCGGCCGAGGUGGCCGAGACGUUCGGUCUGCUGGGCCUCGGUCUGCUGGGCCACGGCGUCGGCGUCGGCGUCGGAGUCGGAGUUCCGGGUGUGGCCAGCGUGGGCGUCGGCGGCUAUGGUCCGGGUGUCGUGAGCCCGGGUGUGAGCGUGGGCGUGCCGGGCGUGGCGAGCGUCGGGGUCGGCCUCCCGGGUGUCGGUGUCGCGCCCUCCGUCGGCGUUGGCGCUCCUGCAGGGGUUACCGUCGGCGCGCCGGCGACCGCCGUGACCGACGGAGGCGCCUAUGCACCAGCCACUGCGACUGCCAACGCGGGCGCGCCUGCCGCUGCCAAUGCGAACGUUAACGCGGGCUCUCCUCCUGCCAGCAACGGAAACGCGGUUGCCAAUGCCAACGCGGGCUCUCCUCCUGCCUCCAACGGAAACGCGGUUGCCAAUGCGAAUGCCGGCUCGCCCCCCAGCUCGGUUAGCACUGCGAACGCCAACGCCGGUGCGCCUCCCAGCUCAGUUAGCACUGCGAACGCGAACGCCAAUGCUGGAUCACCGCCCAGCGCCGUUAGCACUGCGAAUGCCAACGCGAACGCUGGCCCCGGCGGUAGCGGUGGCCCGGGCAGGACGACCACGACCACGGUGACCAGCAACGAUGGCACCACGUCUGCGUCCACUUCGAAGACUGUCAGCAACAGCGGCAGCCCGAGCGGUGGUAGCCCGAGCGAUGGACCGAGUGGCAGUCCGAGCGGCGGCAAGACGGGAACCGGCGCUGCCAACGCGGCGGCGCAGAAGGCUUACCGCAAGCUCCGCUCGGUCGAAUAA